AUGAACAGGAGAGAGGGUCAGAAAAAUCGAAAAACUGACGUUACUGGUGGACCAAUUGGUCAGUUCGGCGUACCGGGUAGUGCAGAAGGAGAGCUCAUCAAGCCAAGUGUAUCUGGAAGUAGACAAGGAGAGCUGGGUGGGCCACAUGGUAAAUUUGGCGGACCGACGCAUAUUAGUGAUGGUCGAGAGUGUGAAUGCCGUGAUGAGAGAUGUGGAGAAGGGAAAAUGANAGCUAGCCAUUUUGGUGGACCAGGGGUUAGGGAAGCAGAGACUGGUGGACCAAUUGGUCAGUUCGGCGUACCGGGUAGUGCAGAAGGAGAGCUCAUCAAGCCAAGUGUAUCUGGAAGUAGACAAGGAGAGCUGGGUGGGCCACAUGGUAAAUUUGGCGGACCGACGCAUAUUAGUGAUGGUCGAGAGUGUGAAUGCCGUGAUGAGAGAUGUGGAGAAGGGAAAAUGAGUAAUGAUCAUCGUUUGGUAAAUUAG